CACCUUGGUUACAACUGUCACAACAACACGCGAGUUGCUGCGGUGUUUUGGAUUUGAUUUGGAUUCGAUUGCAUAAACUUCCAUCGCGGGAUCCCGGAAUCGGAAAUGGCCUCCCUGGCUAGAUUGUUCCACCAGUUGUCCAUCGGCAGCGCCGUUGUUCGCGAUGUCCGCCUCCUCCCAGCGUGCACCAUCUCAACCGAAAGUUUGGCACGGGUGAUGAACAAACCAAAGCCGGGCACGGGCACGGCCUACCGGCGGAUCGUCCACUAUCCGGACCAGUACACGGUGGAACCGCUCAAGGUAACGAACCUGGCCGGGCGUGAUCCGGAAACGGGUCGACUUAUCGCAAAAGGCAUUGGCGGCGGAAUCAAACACAAGUAUCACUGGAUCAAGUGGGUUCGGGACGGCCCGGCGGAGGGAGCGCCGCAGGUCGAGAAGGUGAUUGACGUCAUUCACGACGGAUGUCGUACCGCCAAGGUGGCGCUGGUAGCCGUUGGCGAUGAGUUGAAAUAUAUUCUGGCCACGGAAAACAUGAAGCCGGGAGAUUUGAUCAAGACUUCACGAUUUAUUCCGAGAAUUCCAGUCCGCGCCAACGAAGGGGACGCCUACCCGCUGGGAGCGCUCCAGGUGGGCACCCAGGUGCACUGCUUGGAAAAGUUCCCCGGCCAGCCGUGCCACCUGAUCCACUCGGCCGGAACGUACGGCACGAUUCUGCGCAAGUUUGGCGACCUGGUUGUUGUGCAGCUGCCCUCGAAGCAGGAGUUUGCCUUCCAGCAGACCUGUAUGGCCACCGUGGGCCGGGUGUCGAACAUUUACCACAACAAAACGCCCAUCGGGUCGGCGCAGAAGAACCGCGAGCUGGGCAACCGUCCGCGGUCGGGCCUGUGGCACCGAAAGGAUGGCCGCCACGGGCGCAAGAUUCGCAAGCUGCCGCCGAUGCGCGUUAUCGGCGCUCCGGCCGAGCCGGCCACGGAAGCUAUCAAUUUGACGCUGAAGUUGUGAAUAAAUUGCUAGCUUUGUGUUAGUUUGAAUGUUUA